CUGGUUGUCAUUUCACUCGGCUCGGUCCUGAGGAGAAGGACUCAGCCGCGGCUGCUGGACCCGGGCACCGGGAGGCGGCGGCGGCGGCGGCGGCGACAGCAGGGAGGAAGAGGAGGAAGAAGGAAAGAAAAAGAAGAGCCAGGCGGAGUCCGCAACGACGACAGCUGGGACUGCGGGACCGGGGUAAAGCGGCGGCGGCGACAGGGACGGCCCAGCAACCGUGAGGAGAAACAAAAGCCUUCUAAAUUAUAGUUUAAAACCCCGGGGAGCCGAGCGAGCCGAGGGGAGGCCCUUCUCCGUAGCCCAAGCGCGCUGGUGGGGUUUUCCUUCCUCCCCGCCCCCCCACCCCUGCGGAGAAUCGAACUGAGAACUGAACAAACCGCCCCUGGGUCCCAUGAGGGAGAAAAACCCCGGAGCCGCAGAGAGGGGAAGAGGCAGGAACCGCAGGACCUUCCCGGCCGCCCCCGUGGUCCGCGCUCCCCCGGGCCGCCCGCUCGCCCUGUCCCGCUGAUCCCCGAUCGCCUCCCGAGAGGGGCAGACGCGUGUUCGCAGCCCCUUUCAUGGGGGAGAGGAGGCCGGGGGCAGCCCGAGAACAGCGACCGCAGCAAGAUCUGCACCCGGAGCCUCGGGAACAGCCCCGGAGGCCAGAACUGCGCCCAGCGAAGGAGCAGAGACAGGACCAGGAGCAGCAGAAACCUCCCUGCAGUCGUCUUUCCAUUAGUCAAUGCUGAUUUCCCCUCCCGCAACCGAGAGCUCACCUCCCGCCCCAGAUAACCUAAUAUAAUCUAUAUAUAUAAAUAUAUAAUAUAUAAUGUUCUUAAAUUAUUCCUGAUUUUUUUAACCAAGCUGCCAAGAAGAGAAGAACGUAUUCUCCCCUUAGCCCUAUUCUAAUUUUUAUGUGAGUGAAUCUAAACUGCUGAGGAAGACCAUAUGUGAUUGUUAAAUUAUAUAUAUAUACACAUAUAUAUAUUUUUACUCCGCGCAAUGCUUAUUCUUCUACAUCCAUAGAUGCUUGAGAAGCUGUGUUUUUGUCAUUCAUGUGUAUUUUCCUUUGGAAAAAGAAAGCGCCUAUUUUACUAACCAAAGACUUGAUUUUUACCCUCUUCGUUUUUAUUCCCUCCUAGAAAUCAGCCCAAUUGGAUUCAUGUCAAUAUUUUAAAGAGAUUUUUUUUUUUUUUUUUUUAGUUGCUUUUUUCUUCUUUCCGAGAGAGACCAGAAUUCCAAACCAGAGCUACUUAGGGUGAUAAGCUGCCAUCUUUGAGCUAGCUAUAAAUAAGAUAUUUCAAGCAAACAAACAAGCAACUUAAUUUGGGGUAGAGGGAAAAAAGGCGAGUGACAUCAGGUUGUCGUUUUUUAUUGUGAGAUUCUGAUCCUAAAAAUAAUAAAUGGGGGAUUACGGGUUUGGAGUGCUAGUGCAAAGCAAUACUGGGAAUAAAUCUGCUUUUCCAGUCCGAUUCCAUCCACAUCUGCAACCUCCACACCAUCACCAAAAUGCCACCCCCAGCCCUGCUGCUUUUAUAAAUAAUAACACAGCUGCCAAUGGCAGCAGUGCUGGGUCAGCUUGGCUCUUUCCUGCUCCAGCUACCCAUAACAUUCAGGAUGAGAUCUUGGGGUCAGAAAAAGCCAAAAGUCAGCAACAGGAACAGCAAGACCCUUUAGAGAAGCAGCAGCUCUCCCCGAGUCCAGGUCAGGAAGCUGGAAUACUGCCUGAAACCGAAAAGGCAAAAUCUGAAGAAAACCAAGGGGACAGUUCAUCAGAAAACAGCAAUGGGAAGGAGAAAAUACGAAUUGAAUCACCAGUUUUGACAGGGUUUGAUUAUCAAGAAGCCACGGGGCUAGGUACUUCGACCCAACCCUUGACAUCGAGUGCAUCCUCUCUUACUGGUUUCAGUAACUGGUCAGCAGCCAUAGCGCCUUCUUCAUCUACAAUAAUCAACGAGGAUGCAAGUUUCUUUCACCAGGGAGGGGUCCCUGCUGCUUCGGCUAAUAACGGUGCUCUGUUGUUUCAGAAUUUCCCCCAUCAUGUCAGCCCUGGCUUUGGCGGCAGCUUCUCCCCUCAGCUCGGGCCUCUCUCGCAGCACCACCCUCACCACCCUCACUUCCAGCAUCACCACAGCCAGCAUCAGCAGCAGAGGAGGUCUCCUGCCAGCCCCCACCCGCCUCCCUUUGCACACAGGAGUGCUGCUUUUAACCAGCUGCCUCAUUUGGCGAAUAAUCUUAACAAACCCCCCUCUCCAUGGAGCAGCUACCAGAGUCCCUCUCCAACCCCGUCAUCUUCCUGGAGCCCAGGAGGUGGCGGAUAUGGAGGCUGGGGAGGUUCCCAAGGCCGAGAUCACCGCAGAGGGCUGAACGGUGGAAUAACACCACUGAACUCUAUCUCACCUUUGAAGAAAAAUUUUGCAAGCAAUCACAUUCAGCUCCAGAAGUAUGCUCGUCCCACCUCUGCCUUUGCUCCAAAAUCCUGGAUGGAAGAUAGCUUGAACAGGGCUGACAAUAUUUUUCCUUUUCCGGACCGCCCCAGGGCAUUUGAUAUGCACUCCCUGGAGAGCUCACUCAUCGACAUAAUGAGAGCAGAAAAUGAUUCCAUUAAAGGUCGUCUAAACUAUUCAUACCCAGGAUCCGAUAGCUCUCUGCUUAUUAAUGCAAGGACAUAUGGGCGAAGGAGAGGUCAGUCUUCACUAUUCCCAAUGGAAGAUGGAUUCCUGGAUGAUGGCCGUGGGGAUCAACCUCUUCACAGUGGCCUGGGCUCCCCUCACUGCUUCACUCACCAGAAUGGGGAGCGAGUCGAGCGGUAUUCUCGCAAGGUGUUCGUGGGUGGAUUGCCUCCUGACAUCGAUGAAGAUGAGAUCACAGCUAGUUUUCGUCGCUUUGGCCCUUUGAUUGUGGACUGGCCUCAUAAAGCAGAGAGCAAAUCUUAUUUUCCUCCUAAAGGCUAUGCAUUCCUGCUGUUUCAAGAUGAGAGCUCUGUCCAGGCCCUCAUUGACGCAUGCAUUGAAGAAGAUGGAAAGCUCUACCUGUGUGUCUCAAGCCCCACCAUCAAGGAUAAGCCAGUACAGAUUCGGCCCUGGAAUCUCAGUGACAGUGACUUUGUGAUGGAUGGUUCACAACCACUUGAUCCAAGAAAAACCAUAUUUGUUGGUGGUGUUCCUCGACCAUUACGAGCUGUGGAGCUGGCUAUGAUCAUGGAUCGACUGUAUGGCGGCGUGUGCUAUGCUGGGAUUGACACGGACCCUGAGCUGAAAUACCCAAAAGGAGCCGGGCGAGUCGCAUUCUCUAAUCAACAGAGCUACAUAGCUGCGAUCAGUGCCCGCUUUGUCCAGCUGCAGCACGGAGAGAUAGAUAAACGGGUGGAAGUUAAGCCAUAUGUCUUGGAUGAUCAGCUGUGUGAUGAAUGUCAGGGGGCCCGUUGCGGGGGCAAGUUUGCCCCGUUUUUCUGUGCUAAUGUUACCUGUCUGCAGUAUUACUGUGAAUAUUGCUGGGCUGCUAUUCAUUCUCGUGCUGGCAGGGAAUUCCACAAGCCCCUGGUGAAGGAAGGUGGCGACCGCCCUCGGCACAUUUCAUUCCGCUGGAACUAGAGGCUGCCGACCUACAGCGCUCAUUCCCAGGCCUCAGAAUAAGUGCACUCUUCGUUCCUUCUGACCCUCCUCAGCCUCUUCACGCUGGCAUGUCCUUUUGUAGCAGUGUGUAACUUAACGAUAGUAUAAGGAAAAGAAUGCCCGGUAUGUGGGCGUUUCAUAGAUCCUGUGUCACUGCAAACAACCUGUCUGAACUCCUUUUUGUAUUGCCAUCCUGUUGCGGGGAAGUUCUGUCCUCUUGCUUUGCUGGAGACCAAGAGGAUCCUAACUUCCUGCAGCAUUUUCUUAGAGGAGAGAAAGAAAUAUUAACAGAGAAAUGAAACAAUAGAGUAUUUUGGGGUUUUAAUUAAAUUAUUGUUAAUAAUAUAACAUAUAAGAAUACUUUUAUUAAAAUAACCAUGCAACAAUAACACUAUCAGUCUGUUCUGACACAGUUCCCCCCAGGGAAGUGCUUUUGCCUUUUCCUUUCUUCCAUAUUUUUUGUCUUUCUCUUUUUUCCAUUCCCUUCUAAUCCUUUUAACAGCAAUGGAGGAAGUGAACAAUCACUACCAGGAAAGAACGUGUCAAAGCGCACAGAUGCAUGAGCAAGGUUGAGCAGCAUUGUAAUUAAUUUUAAGGGUUUUGAGGCUGAAAUAGAACUUCAUUAUGCCUCAGCGUUACUAGGACACCAGAAAAAAUAGUCAAGUAGGCAGAGCUAAGGUUAUUUUCUUUUAAAUAACUUUAAAAAUUCAGAAUGUAAGAAUUGGGCAAAUUUACUACUGAGGGGAGUGCACUUAUUUAUUUAACUAACUUAUCUGGUCACAGCCCCAGGAAGCCUACCAAAGCUAGAAUUCAUGACAACUGGUGGGAAAACUAGCAUUUCCUCUCCUGAAGAACAAAUGUGCACAUUUUAUUUUUGAUGUUAUAUAUGAACUCUAUAUCCUAAUUCACUAAUACUCGUCAGGUGUCAGCCUUUGCUCUCCAUUUUGACAUUAAAAGCAACAGAUCCAGAGAUACCUCAAGGAUUCCAUUUUUAAUUUUGUUACAGAACACUUGUAGCCAAAACCUGAAGACAAAAACAAUAUACAAAUUGGCUGCUGAUUGGCUUACUUUUAGAUUUAAAGUUACUUUGGAUAUCCUGUAAUUUAGUUGUAACAUAGAAAAACGGAAAAAAAAAAGUUUUAAAAAAAAGUUAAGUAGUUGCAAAGUGUUUUGCACUGUUGAACUAAGUAACUGUGUAAAUCUGUGCAAAGGUACGUAUGUUUAUCUUACUCUUCCUAUAAAAUAAAAUAACCUUACAGUUUCAGAACUUAGCAUGGGACAUAGUCAGUGUUUGAAGUGCCAACUUCAUCAAGUAAUGCAUGCUUUCUUAUAAAUAAAAUUCUUGCUUCGAAAGGCGUUCUUAUGUGUUGAACAGUAUGCUUCAGGAGUAAAUUUAAAAUAGUCUCUUGAAGUUCUAGUCAUGGAAGUAACUUUUAUUUUAAUUGACAUUCUUUUAUUAAAUGCCCUAUCCACCAUUCAAAGGAUUAUUAUCAGUGUGCAAAACAUUAAACAACAACAACCUACCGGCAAUCUUGCUAGUUGUGCUACCUAAUAGUUACCAUCUUGGAUCCUUCAAAACCAAAGACUUGCCCAGCACUGCUGUGGAACCAUCUGGCUGAUGACCCCCACUGAUUAUCUUUAGGAAAAGCAGCCCUUUAUUUUGAGUACAGGCUUUAAUGAAUUAUACCUGUUAAGUUCCAAAGGUCAAAAUGGAGGCAUUUGCUGUCUAGGAGCCCAACACAGAGAGGGAGCUGCUUUUCAAGAAUUCCCUGCAAACAGUGAAGCAGUCAUGCGAAUGGAGGGUGCUCUCGUGUAGCUGGUCAGGGACUUUUUUUUCUUUUCUCCUGAACCACGUGAUUCUGAUCAGAAUGUUCAUUUGCCUCUUUUGAUUCUUUUCCACGCUUGUAGGUGGCUUGGGGUGUGCUAUUGUGCUGUUCCUACUCAGUAAACAGGUGUGAUGAGUUAACAAGAAAUAACACUGUUUGAAAACUAGCUUUGAAUAAUAAUUUUUCCCUUUGUACAUGACCUGCUGAAUUUCGGUACAGUGUUUUUGUAGCUAACUUAUUUUGUCAUGCACAUAAUGUAUAUUUGUUAUGCACUACUUUUGUAUAUCUUGUUUUUCCAACAGUGAACAUUUUUAGGCACACUUUUCACUGACGGGAUAUCUCUUUAUGCAAUACCUCAAUUUUUCAUAUUGCAAAGAGUAGCUUUUUGUACUUUUAUUACUGAGAGAUCUUCAUAUACUUCAUUUUUUAAUAUAAAUAAUUUUAAUAAAUUUUAUUUUCUUAUAUUCUGCUUUUUAUACAUUUCAGUGCUCUGCAUACAUUUUAAAUUAUGAAUGUUGUGCACUGGCAAUGCUAUUUUAGAGUCUGCAGAGAAGAGAAAGCAUGUUGCUUAAACAUCCCUCCCCAGCACCAGCUCUUGGUGUACCUAUAAUUUAAGAAAUAGUCUAUGUAAAGUCACAAAUUAAUGAAAAAAAAAUUCGCA